UUUGUUCGUCGCGUUUGCUCUACUGGCAUGUUUAUCACUUCUGGGUGCUCCAGUAAAUUGCGCAAGGUUGGGAUAUGAACAUUAAGUAACACUUAAAACGACUGUGGUGAUAUCUGAGUCUAGGCAACAUUAAAUUUAAUAACACGUAUACACAGACUAUCAACAGAGCUAUGCAUCAAUAUGUGUACUGUAAUAAUGACUGAAUCACAUACUAUAAUAAUGUGGAAUAUGCCUCACAGCUGUAACUAGAACCUUGGAAUGCGUGCGCGUUUUAUUCGAGCCCCUUCAACAACGGGCGUCUACCAACAGCUUCAAGAAGGGGAAGACGACAGACAUUUAGUUAUAUUACACGAAAGACACAAUUAACCAUUUAAAAUAUCGCUGCUCCCUUUAAAGGAAACUAGAAGGAAACAACGGGAAUUUCAUCUUGUCUGGACGUUUUGAAGCAGGAAGGCGGACAUACGUUCAUAAUGUGGCACCCUUAUUUGUCUCCCCCUAGGUCUUGUUAAAGUAACUUUCCCCGUGGCUUUUUGAUUGACGGCUCCAUAUUUUCAGUGGGGAUUUUUUUUCUGUCUGGUGAAAGAACGAAAAAAGACAGCGAAUUUGAAAGGGAAGAAAGGAAGAAAACACAGGAGUAAACAACGCAUAUAUCCAUAUACAUAUAUCAACAGCGACUAAAGGACCGGGUCUGCAAAACACCAUAUGUCAAGACAAGAAGACUAGAGUUGUGUUUAUAUGUAGAUAAGACACGUAUUUUAAAUAGGUAUUUUUCCUCUCGGAUUUUCUUUUCUUCUUGCUUAAGUGACGUCUGAGUGCCCACAGGCAAUGCAGCAGGUAGCUUUAUGAAGAAGGAACUGGUCCUGUAACUGAAAACUGCACCUUUAAAGCACAGGACAGGUUUUGCUAUUCAUCUCCUGAGAAUGCUUCUAAACAGUUGCUGUAAUAAAGUUCUCGACUUUAAAGUACUUCGCUCUGGAUUAAAAAAACUGAAAGUAGCUGACAUGACGAGUGAAUUGCAGGAGAUUGCCAUCACAGAAGAGAAGCCUCUGCUUCCUGGUCAGGCUGACUCCAAGGAGGCUGAGGUGGCUGCUCAAAUACUGCUAGACCAGGGAAAGGUACACACCAUUGAGACCCCACACGGAGAUCUUCACAUCACCCUGCAUGGCGCGGUGAACACCCGGCGACCUGCUAUCCUCACCUACCAUGAUGUGGGCAUGGAGAGUAAAAGCUGCUUCUCCACCCUCUUUAAUUUUGAAGAGAUGCAGGAGAUCGUGAAGAACUUUACUGUGAUACACAUAGACGCCCCGGGACAGGAGGAGGAAGCGGCCACGUACCCAGCAGGGUACCAGUAUCCAUCCAUGGAGCAGCUGGCGCAGAUGAUUCCCUCAGUUCUGCAGUUUUUUAAUUUCCGCACCGUGAUCGCUAUGGGCGUGGGUGCUGGCGCAUAUGUCCUGUCCAAGUUUGCUCUGGACAGCCCAGACUCUGUGGAAGGCCUGGUUUUGAUCAACAUUGACCCAGAUGCUCGAGGCUGGAUGGACUGGGCAGCACAAAAGUUCACCACGUUGACAUCCUCGUUCACAGAGCAGAUACUGGGCCACCUCUUCAGCCAGGAAGAGCUGUCUACGAACACAGAAGUGCAAAGACAAAGGGAAAGGCUCUCGAAAUCCACUAAUCUCCCCAAUGUGGAACUCUUCUGGAAGGGUUAUAACAGUCGCAGAGAUCUGAACAUCGACCGAAAUAGCCCUUUAAAAUGCCCUGUGAUGCUGGUGGUAGGAGACCAGGCCCCUCAUGAAGAUGCAGUGGUGGAGUGCAACAGCAGGCUAGAUCCAACGACAACUUCAUUCCUUAAGAUGGCAGAUGGUGGUGGCCUUCCUCAGAUCAGCCAGCCCAGCAAACUUACUGAGGCUUUUAAGUACUUUAUCCAGGGCAUGGGAUACAUGGCAUCAUCCUGCAUGACACGGCUUUCCCGUUCCCGAACCGCCUCCCUCUCCUCUUCCUACUCCAUAGAUGGCUCACGCUCGCGCUCCCGCACCCUGUCCCAGAGCUCACAGGGGGGGCAGAUGCCACCUAGCCCGACCCAAACCAUGGAGGUGUCUUGCUAAACACAAGGGGACCCGAGGCAGAGUAAAGGAUCCAGAGAUCACAUUCAUUUAGCCAUUGUUUUCCCCUGAAAAAUUUACAGCAAUAUUCUGUGAGGAGCCAUUUAUUAUUUUCAUUCAUUGUGAAUGUAGAAAGUGACAGAGGUAAAGUGCCCACAUAGACAGACAGAGAGCCCCCCCCCCCCAAGGCUGCCCUGCACACCUCACCUCAUCAUCUUAAUAUUCCUCAAGAGGCAAAGAGUGGAUGAAUUCACACCACUCUGCCCCUUCUGUCCUGUCAGGUUAUCACCAUCACAGGACAGCCCUUUAACUUUGUGGGCGGGGUUAGUGUUUCUUGAAGUAAGGAAAGCCUGUGAGAAAAGAAAACAAGGUUGGUAUACAGCUUUUAGGUCAAGUAAACAGUGUUACACCGCUUAUAAUAGUGAUUAAAAUAAUGUUUAAUGUUAAGAUUGACAUCAUAAACAAGACAUGGGCACUAUUCAUAUUAUGAUUGUUAUUAAUAAUAACAAUGAUAAUAAUAAUUAUAGCAUUAGGCAAUAUGUUUUUCUUAAUUUCAAAUUGUGAUAUAGCACUUAAGCAAAAAACAUCAAGAAAUAGUGUUAACAUAAAUUCUCUGUGUCUGUCUAUCUGUCUUAUAGUAAUAUUUACCCAGGAUUUGAAAUUAAAUGUGUUUUAAUUUUGUGAUAUUGCCAUGGUAUGUGGAAGCAGGUUGAGUUCUGGUGGUUGAGCUGAUCGGACAUGGCCCAGUCUAUUUGUGUGACCGGCCUAACCCACUAAUUUGAUUGAUCUCUGUCCCAGCAUCUGUUUUCACUGACUUAACUAUAUUGAACUGUGUACAGUUAUCUUAAACUUCCAGAGCUUCCACUUUCUUGACAUGUUUUCUGUGUAUGUUCUUGGUGAAAUGCUUUGGUUGUACAUUUUUUGUGUGUUUGGGCCUUCUGGGAAGUGGGUUUGAGUUGGUUCCAUAUGAAACUGCAUGCCUGAAUUUUGAUUAUGUCUGAAAGUUCACUGUAUGAUGCAUGAUCCUAUUGGUGGAGAAAAUGAAAUAUAUGGGUGGCACAAGAAGGUGGAGGGAAAAAAAUGGAGGAACAAAUGAGCAAAUAGGAUCAGGGCUGAUGCUGUCUGUGAAGGAGCACUUUCUAAACAAAACGAGGGUAGUUGCAGCACUAUGUGGCAGCCCACCAAUCAGAGAACUGUUACAGAAACCCCCGAUAAAACAAUCGGACGCCCCUGUCUCCCAAAGAAAUCAGCCAAAUAUGUCAUGGUCAGCUCCUUUACAUAAGUAAAUACAGGUAGCACAGGAAAAUAUGACGAAUGCUGUCUAUAACUGUCUAUAAUGAUGCUACAGGGUAACAUCUACUCAGUCACUGUUAAUCACUGCAUAGGGUAUGGAGAUAAUCAGCCAAAUCAGUCGAGAAGGAACAGAAAUGCCUCACUCACAGCCUCACUAAUCCCAGCACCAGAGCCUGUACCACUUCAUGAGUCCUUACUGACUGCCAAAGGCUAGCACCCAUCCCAAAGUCAUUACCCGUUCAGCAAUGCUAAGGGUCCACACCAGUCUAAAGUCCUUUUUGCCCUCUAUGAGUUUUAACAAAUUAUUUUGCUAAACACAUUGUUAAGAAGUUAAAAGAGUGGCUAAAAGAUUGCAAGUAAGUGGGUGACCUGUUGUAUCUUUUGCUAAGUAAACUUUUUUCUUUGGUGGGAUAUCCUGCUAUAAAAAUGGAUAACGUGUAAAAUGAUAAGCUAUGUUGUUUUGGAUUAUAGUGUCUACUAUGCAUUUAAUUAAUGAUUCAUAAUGUUUAUAAAGCUAAAUACUGCCCUGAUAAUUCCCUAUACUGAACACACAAAUUAAGCUACCAGAUAGGGAUGUCUGUAGGACAUACCAGUAUGCAUGUGUGUGGGUUUAGCUACCAGCAAUCAACUUUUUGCCCCAGAGUAUUUUUGCAAGCAUUUUUGUCUGUGUGUGUUUUUUUUCUUGGAGUGUAAUUAGCAGGAUGUAUUCAUGGAGAUGGAGUGGGUAAUGGAGGUGUGUGGGGGAUGGGAAGGAAUUACGCAGUAAUCUGCAUGUGCUUGAAUGAUUUAUUAAUGUUGCAGUGAUAAGAUUGAUGAUUUGUGAGGGAAAUGAGCAAGACUGUGCAGAGACCACCCUCAGUGACAUGAGCAAAACAUGCAGAAUCUGGGGCCAAAGGUCGCGGCCUGGAAGAGUCUACCAAAUAUGGAAAUAGGCGGAGCUACAAUGUUGCCAGAAUCAGACAGACAUCUGAAUGUGUUUGCACAUCCAGUUUGGGUUUGCCUUUUUAUAAUUAAUUUUUCCCAUUUUUUCUUUACUAAGAACAUCUGUGUUUUUCUCUGUGAAGUGUUAGUUUAUUAUCUCUGUAUCUUCACAGAAUAGCCAGUGGUGUGCAAAUAGUUGUGUAACUUUUUUAGCUUUAGCACUAAACAGGAAGAAGUAAUAUAAUUAACAAAUAAUAAUUAUAACAAUAUACAGUCAAACUGAAUAGUGUGGCUAAUUUCUUGUGUAAUCUGUUGAACAACAAAAAUAUCUUAAGUAAAGCUAAUAAAAGUUGGGAAAAUGAA